AUGAAUGAAGAGUUACAAUCCUUGCAACAAAAUGAGACUUGGUCUCUUGUGAAGCCUCCUAGUGGUAAGAGAAUUGUGGGUUGUAAGUGGGUGUUUAAGAGGAAGAUUAAUGACUCAAAUCCCGCGGAUUUUCGAUACAAGGCAAGGCUUGUGGCUAAAGGGUAUAGUCAAGUCCAAGGUGUGGAUUUCAAUGAUGUGUUCUCUCCCGUAGUGAAACAUACCUCCAUUCGAGUUUUGCUCUCUUUUGUGGCAAUGAAGGAUUUGAAGUUGGAGCAAAUGGAUGUUGAUUUCACCAUGUCUCCCAAGAAAUCCAGGGUUCCCAAAGGGAAAUCUGCAGCACAGGCGUCUGAUGAGGUUGAGGCUGCCGCUGCAUCGUUCGGAGUCCCCUUUCCUUCUGUGGCCUUCUCUGAUAGAGAAGACCCAGGUCAAAGUGGUACUCUUCAUGCCUCUUUCAACGGCGACUUCUUGGUUAGAGAAGCCCGCCAGUUUAGUGAGGGUCGUGAUAAUAGUAUUCCAGAGUUGGUUCGUGAGGGAGGUCGUCGUACCCUGCGCGCUCUAUUGACUGAUUCACCCCUAACUCCAACUCGAGAUUCUACUGAACCGUUGAAGAAGACUGAUUAUCUGUUCGGAGAUUCGGUAGAAGAUCCAGACAAACUUUGCCUUGGCUCUGAAAUCUGGUUGAAUGAACAUGAAGGUUCUUUUUUAUUCCUUCCUCCAUUCCCUCGACAGUACUCCCUUCUGCAAUUGAGGAAUUUGGCUGUUUCGAGGGAAAUGACGUGGCACUUGACAGAAGACCAUGAGCACGUUCAUUGCGGCUAUAUUGGUAAAGAUAUUAGCGCUCCUGGCUCCGUCGGUAGGCCUGAUGUUCGUGGUCUUCACCCUGGUAUAUUUGGACCAGAUGGUGGGCCCCAAAACGAACUGAUGAUAAGGGCCAAUACCGUAAAGAAUAAGCUCGCUCGGGUUGGUCGAGAACUUCCCAUUCCAAGAUUCAGGUGUUAUGGAUGGGUUCACUCUCUUCCUGACAAAUGGUGGGCUAGGAUGACCAAAUACGUACUCCAUCGUUGGGAUCAGGAGUUGCGGGAUUUGGGAUUAUAUGCUCCAAUCCGAGCUAGUAUGCAUGGUCUCCCAGUGAGUGCAGAUCAUUUUAUGGCUUUGUUCGAGUCUUAUAUUCCGGAGACCAAUACCUUUCUUACCAAGUAUGGGGAAUUAGGGCUUCCGCUCCACGAAAUGAUGAAGGUAUCCGGAUUGCCAUUGGGGAAUACUCCUUACCAAGAAUAUUUUCCUAAUAAUCGUCAGUUGAUGAAAAUGAAGAAGGCCUGCUCUCCUGCUUAUGACAUCCUCUGGGAGUUAACUUGUCAUUAUCAGAUAGCGAUAGCCAAGAUUGAAGUGAAGAGUAAGAAGGCGGCUCGAGUCAGUUUAAAACAGUUCGCCGACUACCUAUUUCAGAACCUUGAGAGCCCGACCGGUGAAGAAGUCUGUGAAUCACCGAUUCUGACCCCUUCUGACGUCAACCAGCUAAUCACGAAGAUUAAUGCUCAGUCUUACAGAACUGAGUCAUCUGAAGGUGGUUUUCUUAAGGGCACCAAGUUCAACACUUUCUUGUGGCAAGCCACAAAGAGAAUGAAGCCUGCAACUCUUCUUUCCGGUUAUCUGGCCAUUUGGCUAAAGAGAUGUGUAGUGCCGCAUCAGUCUUCUGAGGCGCUUCCUCUUGAAGUUCUCUUUCCCGCCGUGCAACUAGUUGUCAGAGGCAGGUUAUCUCUUCUUUCUGCUAUGAUUGCUGACCUCCAUAGCGGUUUGCGUAACCUAGCCAACACCUUUACCAAAGUGGGUGCCGAGCCUUCAACUAAGAUUCCUUUGUCGAGCGUCGAAUUUCCGUACACCUAUUUGAUGGCGUGGCUAGUUCUCCAUCGAUCGGACAUGAUGUCAGCGCCUGAUGCGUCUGAUCCAGAAAUCCCCUUGCUGCAGCUCUUAGAAGGAUGUAAGUGGUUAUAUCCUUCCCGACCAUGGACUGACCGUGUGAGGCAAUUCAAGAAUGCCAAAUGCUGGGAAUUCUAUAAGUGUUUCCCUCGGUUUUCUGGUGCCUAUAAUGACACGCUUGUUGACGAGGAAAUGCCUGGGGCUAACAGGACCUCUCUCGAUACGGGUAGUUUUCAUUGGCUCAUGAACAUUCGCCCAGGCUAUAAUGUUUUUCGAUCGAAGAACAUUUGCAGGAUUGAGCCUUAUUUUCCUUGCCGUUUUGCGCGACAAUUCGGCUACGAUCAAUUGUAUAUCGGGAAUCCCAAUAAAUGGUUGAUAAACUGCGGAGGCCUUAUUGAUGGGGUACGUGCCUGGUUCUGGAAUGUUGCUGGCUGUACCGGAGCUCGAUUUAGUUUGCCUGUCGCUGAGCCUGGUCUUUACUUAACCUUCCUCUACUGCCGGUGGAUUUUAGCCGCCAAUACUCCUCUUGCGAAGAAGAAGCUCCACGAACUGGAAUCCGAGGCUGUAGUUCGGAGAAUUGUAUCAAAAAAAGGAAAGGAGCCCGCUACGUCUUCUCGUAAAGGAAAACAGGUAGCUGAUUCCGAAGAGAGCGACGACUUCGAGACAUCCAGCGAAGAGGAUGAGACCCGAGGCGACGCAGAGGGUGAUGUACCUUUGUCUCCCGUGGCUCACAGGACUCGUCGAGCUUCUUCGCCCAAAUUACCCGGUGCUCCUUCAAAAGGUAUACAAAUGAAGGAAAAGAACAUUCCCCUGUCGUCCUCCAACAAGAUGACCUUGAGAUGGCUUUCUCAGGAGGGAGAGGCAGAAGAAGAGGAAGAAGAGGUUGCCCCGCUUAUUAACAGGAAAAGAUCUCGGCUUACUGCUCCUUCUGAGGUUCAACCUCAGCCGACUCAAGGAACCGAAUUACGUACCAAGUUUCGACAUGAAAGCUCCGAGGUUCCUCGAGAUUCUCGUGCCUCGAAGAGGAUUAAAAAGACGGCUCAUCGGGAACGCCAACUUUCUCCGUUAUUUGAGGAGAAGUUUACUCAGGAUCUUCCAGUUGAUGAAAGGGUUGAAUCAGAAGAGGAAGGGGAAAUCGUGCCCAAGCCUUCUUCUCCGGGUUUAAUGGAUGUUGAUGAAUCUAGCUUCACUGAACAAGUGCACAAGGCUAUGAACGAGGAACCCCUUCAUAUGGACAUUGUUCCUCCUCCAGCCACCACAUCGACCUCGCCAACCGCAGAUACAGUUAAACUAAAGGAGGUGAGUGCGGGUAGUAGCGCUGCUAAUCCCGCAACUAUUGUUGAAGACAUCCCUGUCAACGAACCGAAAGACAUAGAACCUAUCCAUGAUAUGGGUAUCGGAGAUUUCGAUGAGCGAGACUUCGAUCUUGACAUUUCUGAAGAUGUACACCAGGAGAUCUCCGAUAUACUAUCAACUCCGGUUCCAUCCGCUACUGCAGGACCAACUACUCGAGUCGAUUCAGCUGAAGUAGAUGCAUCAAAAGCAAGUACCCCUGCUGAAGUUGAAUCACCGGUCACUGCUCCUCCAACUUCUGCUAUUAUCGAAGCUGGACCUGUUGUGCCUUUCACUACGACUCCAGUGGUUCAUGAAGUAGGAGGGUCGAAGGUUACGGUAGAAGAGCAACCUCCUGCUACUUCAGCUCAACUUGAACUUGCUCCUCAAGAUCUUGGCGACUUAGACCCAAAGUCGUCAAAAAUUGUAAUUGAACAACAGCUUGAUGUAAUGAAUCCACCGCCCAGCAUUACCUCUACACAAACUUCGGAUGUCGUGGAGCAGGUCUCAGCCUCGACAAGUCAAGAUCUUUCUUCAUCAUUGUCCGAUUGCAUUCGAGCUUUAUUGGCAGAUGAAGAUCCGGACAAAAUUGCCCUUUGCAUUGACAUCCAAAGCUUCAUUCUUUUCUUAAACGCCAUGGUUGAUCGGAUUCUCCUUAAAGGUUCACCAUUUGAACUUUUCCAGAAGUCUCUCGAUCAUCAUGUGUCAGGAAUUAAAGAACAGGGGUGCGCCGAAUUGUCUAACUCUCUUGAAGCUUAUUUGGUUGAUCUUAAACAACACAUCAAGCAGUUGCAGAAUUUCCGAGCUAAUGGCGCGUCUUCUUACAUCACUUCCGAAAUGGACCUGAGGCUACAAGCAUGGCGUGAUUCUCAGAAAUCUGUUGAAUCCGAACUUCAAAUACUGAAGACUCGUAUUAAUCAACUUCGGGUAAGCGCCUCCAAGAAGACACAAAUCAAGGCAGAUCUAUAUCGUAACUUGGAAUCGCGUCGGGCAGUGGUAGCCGAAUUAGAAAAGAGACUUGCUGAAGCUAGAGAAGCUUGUGAAGUUUUAGAGUCUGAUCUGGCGGAAGUAACUCAAGCUGAAGUGAGUACAUUACGGCAACUGAAUCUUCAAGACAAAAUUUUUGCUGACAAGGAACAAGAAGCCGCCAAAAUCCGCAGCAUUGAUGAAAGGAAAUUUAAAGCCAAUCUGAUACCUGAGCUCGAACUGGCUUAUGCGACAAGGCUUUCCCAAUUAGAAAAUGAACACCGCCAUUACAAAUUAUUGUAA